UGCCAACACACUCCUUGACAGAGUGUGCUCUGAUCGCGAUUGAGACACGCGGGUGGCAUUUUUGUCUUUUUUCCGGAGAUUUCUGAGAAUUUAAUCAAAUUCUCCCCAAUUUUUUUUAGUUAUUUGUAUCAUCUGUGCAAUUAUAAGUCGCCUACGGUUGGGAUUUGUGUGUAAAAAUUGGUAUUUUGAUUGAAAUUCUGUGUCUGGUGUGAAGUGAGAGAGAGAGAGAGAGAAAGGCGAGUGACGGCGAAUUUUCGAUUUCCCCAAUUUGAUGUGGCGAAGUGAAAAAUAAUGGCCGAUUGAGGGAAGAGUUGUGUCGUCGCGGAAAGUUUUCAGUGGAAAAAAGAGCCUUGAUGUGCGGUAUUAGGUCUCAAAACUAGUGUAUAUUUGCUUUAUUUAUUACUCCAAGUGUGAUUGUGCAAGAGAAGUGGUCAGGAUGACGGGCACAGAGAGAGAAAUUCCAGCUGAAGACUCCAUCAAAGUUGUAUGUCGGUUCCGACCAUUGAAUGACAGCGAAGAAAAAGCUGGCUCCAAAUUCAUCGUCAAAUUCCCCAACAGCAACGAGGAGAACUGCAUAUCGAUUGGUGGAAAAGUUUACCUGUUCGAUAAAGUGUUCAAGCCCAAUGCAUCGCAGGAGAAGGUUUACAAUGAGGCGGCAAAAUCAAUCGUCUCUGAUGUCUUGGCGGGAUACAAUGGAACAAUUUUUGCCUAUGGUCAGACAUCAUCUGGCAAAACACAUACAAUGGAAGGUGUUAUAGGUGACUCAAUAAAACAAGGUAUCAUUCCUCGUAUUGUGAAUGACAUCUUCAAUCACAUUUACACGAUGGAGGUGAAUUUGGAGUUUCACAUAAAAGUAUCCUAUUAUGAGAUUUACAUGGACAAAAUUCGGGACUUAUUGGAUAUAUCCAAGGUGAAUUUGAGUGUGCAUGAGGAUAAAAAUCGUGUGCCUUAUGUCAAAGGUGCCACUGAGCGCUUUGUCUCAAGUCCCGAAGAUGUCUUUGAGGUGAUUGAAGAGGGAAAGGCUAAUCGGCAUAUUGCUGUGACAAAUAUGAAUGAACACUCAUCGAGAUCCCAUUCAGUAUUCCUAAUAAAUGUCAAGCAGGAGAAUUUGGAGAAUCAGAAGAAAUUGUCGGGAAAGCUGUAUCUGGUUGAUUUGGCUGGUUCGGAGAAGGUGUCAAAGACUGGAGCUGAAGGUACGGUGCUGGAUGAAGCGAAGAAUAUCAAUAAAUCACUAUCGGCCCUUGGUAAUGUUAUAUCAGCACUAGCUGAUGGCAAUAAAACGCACAUUCCGUAUCGUGAUUCCAAAUUGACUAGAAUUCUGCAGGAAUCACUAGGUGGCAAUGCAAGGACAACCAUUGUCAUCUGUUGCUCUCCCGCAAGUUUCAAUGAGUCCGAAACCAAGUCAACACUUGAAUUUGGAAAGCGUGCUAAGACGGUUAAGAAUGUCGUUUGCGUCAAUGAGGAACUCACGGCUGAGGAAUGGAAGAGGCGGUAUGAGCGUGAGAAGGAGAAGGUGGGUCGCCUCAAGGGCAAAGUGGAGAAGUUGGAAGCUGAACUUGCCAGAUGGCGUGCUGGUGAAACGGUAUCGUCCGAUGAACAGGUGAAUCUGCAGGAUCCCAUGGAGGCCAGUACGCCGAAUGUUGAAGUCAUUGAGGCUGAAAAUGUACCUCCAGCCCCUGUCCCAGCAACACCUAGUGGCUUGACCAUGGUUGGAUCAAUUAGUGCAGAGGAGCGUGCGAGGUUCGAGAGUGAACGUGAACGUCUCUAUCAGCAACUCGAUGACAAGGAUGAGGAGAUCAAUCAGCAUUCGCAGUAUGUGGAGAAGUUGAAGGAGCAGAUAAUGGAUCAGGAGGAGUUGAUUGGCAAUGUUAGGAGGGAUUAUGAGAAUUUGCAGACGGAAAUGACGCGCAUCCAGCAGGAGAAUGAGAGUGCCAAGGAGGAGGUGAAGGAGGUGUUGCAGGCACUUGAGGAGCUGGCUGUGAAUUAUGAUCAGAAGAGUCAGGAGAUUGAGACGAAGAAUAAAGAGAUUGAUACCAUCAAUGAGGAGUUGCUGCAGAAGCAGGCACUCUUGAAUACUACCUCAACGGAUUUGCAGCAAUUGCGUGAUAUGUCGGCACAUCAGAAGAAGCGCUACAAUGAGAUCUUGAGCAAUCUCCUGCGGGAUCUGUCGGAAGUGGGUCAAGCACUCUGUACUGACUCUUCGGCUGAUCUCAAGCUCAACCCAGAUACAGCAGCUGGGAAAGUUGAGGAGGAAUUCACAGUUGCUCGGCUGUACAUCAGUAAGAUGAAGAGUGAGGCGAAGAAUUUGGCACAGCGCUGUCAGAAUCUCGAGGGUCAGAAUAUGGACUCCAAUCGGAAAGUGUCAGAGUAUGAGAAGGAUCUGGCUGACUGUCGAUUGCUGAUAUCGCAGCAUGAGGCCAGGAUGAAGAGUCUGCAGGAGUCAAUGCGUGAAGCCGAGAAUAAGAAGAGAACGCUGGAGGAGAAUAUUGAUGCGCUACGUGAAGAAUGUGCAAAAUUGAAGGCUGCCGAGCAGGUUUCGGCUGUGAGUGCGGAGGAGAAGCAGAGGGCUGAACAGCUGAGGGAGGCCUUUGAUAAGCAAAUGGACCAGCUGCGCGAUGGGCAUACAGCACAAGUGGCCGAGUUGCGAGAUGAGAUCUCAGAGAAACAAGAGGCUAUCAAUGAACUUAAGGAUUUGAACCAAAAAUUAACCCUUGCUCACCAGCAAAUGUCAUCGGACUAUGAGAAGUUGAAGCAGGAGGAGGCAGAUAAGUCCAGCAAACUCCAGGAGCUCAUCUUGACAAAUGAGCGUCGUGAACAAGCAAGAAAAGAUCUCAAAGGAUUGGAAGAUACCGUCUCGAAGGAACUUCAGACCCUUCACAAUUUGCGUAAAUUAUUCGUGCAAGAUCUCCAGGCACGUAUCAAGAAAUCAAUCACCUCGGAAGACAAUGAGGAUGAUGGAGGAUCACUGGCUCAGAAGCAGAAGAUCUCCUUCCUGGAGAAUAAUUUGGAGCAACUGACCAAAGUGCACAAGCAAUUGGUGCGCGAUAAUGCUGAUUUGCGCUGUGAGUUGCCGAAAUUGGAGAAGCGCCUGAGGACAACGAUGGAACGUGUCAAGGCGCUAGAGACUGCUCUAAAGGAGGCAAAGGAAGGUGCAAUGCGCGAUCGCAAACGCUACCAAUAUGAAGUGGAUCGCAUCAAGGAGGCCGUUCGACAGAAGAAUCUCGCUCGACGUGGCCCUCAGGCACAAAUUGCCAAGCCAAUUCGUGCUGGUCAGGGACAUAUUGUGAGUGGAAUUCGUGGUGGUGGCGGAAUUAUUCCAGCCGGUGGAAAUGCAGUUCCUCAGUAAAUUUAUCAGAGGUUCUUCUUGGUGGAAAAUUAGUGAACAUUCUCGAAAGUGAAAUAAUUGACAAUUUUCCUAUUAGAGAGAGAGGAGACAUCCAGUUAAAUAUAGUAGUAUUUUUUUUUCUAGUGGACAAAUGAAAGAAUUAUUGAGACAAAAAUGUGCAGCAGUUUUUUUCAACACUGCCUGUAUUUCCAUACUAGCAUUUUCUGUUUUGAAAAGAGGAAAAAAAUGUAAUUGAUUUAGCAUUCUUUGUGAAGAGUUGCACACCAAAAAAAAUGCUUUUAAAAGAAAGAUAUAUCCCGUUUAGAUGUGCUGCUAAUGAAAAAUCAAAAGAAGCUUCUCUCUUUGGCACUAUCCCUGUGAAGAAUAGUUUAAAAAAAUUAAAUAAUGAUGAUAUAGUGUAAAAUGCGAAACGAACGAGAGACGUAAGGAAGAACUCAAGAAAAAGAAAAUUAAUUGGUAAGUUCUUUUCCUUAUUAAAGAAAAGUGAAAACUUCUUUAUCUCAGAAAUUUGAAAUAACUCUACUUUUGCUGAUAAAAAAAAACCCUUUUGCGUUGUGAGAUGCAAUAUUUAUGCUAUUUACGAUAAAAAUGCAAAAUGGUUAAAUGAAAAUUUAAAAGAAAAGAAAAACAGAGUUAAAUGAGCAUAAAAAAUUGCUACCGAGUACAUUACGAUUAAUAGAUGAUUAUAAAUAAAUUCCCAGUGAAUAAUUAAUGUUUCCCAUGAUAAUGUAACAUAAUAAUCUGAUAAAAUUAACUCUAUUUGUAAAACAUUCGGUCACACAUUUCUUCUUGCAAUUGUGAGAAAAUGAAAAAUAGAGGUAAUAUAAAACUUAAUGAUUGUGAAUCAGCUGUUCAAGACAUUUUUAAUGCAAAAUCUUCAUCAGUCAUAAAUUCAUUCACUGAAACUGAAAUGCUUAUCAUUCGUUAAAACCUCUUGUUUUUUCUCUUUUUUUUUCAAAAACAAAAAAAUAUAAAGCAAAAGGGCAAAAAAUCAAUGCUUAAUUGCAAUGAAAGAUACUUUACAACAUAAUUAAAUAACUAAUGUUUAUAAAUUAUAAAGAGUCACUUAAUGAGAAAGGAAGAACAUUUCCUCACUUGGUAACUGUUUUUUGCCGUGCUUGCCCAUCACAAAAGUCGAGCUAAUCUAUAUAAUAAUCCGAAAUUAUAAAAAAAUAUAAAGAUAAAGGUAAAUAAUAAAAAAAAACUCAGUGCUUCAUCCUUAGGAACUUAGUAAAUUAUUACAAUUUAUAAAUUAUUUUAAUAAAAAAAAAACAAAAGAAAUGGAACUCUGCAAGAUGCAUAAUUUAAUCAAUUUCGUAAAUGUAUUUUUACAUAAGGAGUUAACUAUAAAAAAAAAGAAAGUGAACGCAAUAUAUUUUUUGUUUGAUUUAAUGUGCAUACACGAAAAUGAUAAAAAAUGAACAUUUUUUGAUGAGCUUUGGCUAAAUAAAAAGAAACAUUUUUCUGUCUUCAAA